CGCCAACUGCACUGUGCCGGCCGGUCGGACCACGGGCAGCGUGAGGCAGCGCCCGCGUCCCCACGAGUUACGUCGCCGCCACUUCCGCGUCGCCCAUUUCCGGUCAUCGCCAUCUUGCUCUCGCGGAAGCUCGCUUCCGGGUGGUAGGUCGGGAGCCAGUGCGGCGGUAGUGCGGCCGGCACCAUGCCGUCGUCGCCGUUGCGGGUGGCGGUGGUGUGCUCGAGUAACCAGAAUCGGAGCAUGGAAGCGCACAACAUCCUCAGCAAGCGAGGUUUCAGUGUCCGGUCCUUUGGAACAGGAACUCAUGUGAAGCUCCCAGGACCAGCACCCGACAAGCCCAAUGUUUAUGACUUCAAAACCACAUAUGACCAGAUGUACAAUGAUCUCCUCAGGAAAGACAAAGAACUCUAUACGCAGAAUGGAAUUUUACAUAUGUUGGAUAGAAAUAAAAGAAUCAAGCCACGGCCAGAAAGGUUCCAGAACUGCAAGGACCUGUUUGAUCUGAUCCUCACUUGUGAAGAGAGAGUCUAUGACCAGGUGAUAGAAGAUCUGAACUCCAGAGAGCAGGAGACCUGCCAGCCAGUGCAUGUGGUCAAUGUGGAUAUCCAGGACAACCAUGAAGAGGCCACCCUGGGGGCAUUCCUCAUCUGUGAGCUCUGCCAGUGUAUCCAGCACACUGAAGACAUGGAGAAUGAGAUUGAUGAGCUACUGCAAGAGUUUGAGGAGAAAAGUGGCCGGGCCUUCCUGCACACUGUCUGCUUCUACUGAGCUUCCUGUGGUCAACUCAUGGCCUGCCCUGCACAACCACCUUUGGAGCCACUAUGUUCGUGCAUUUACCCUCCUGACACUUGUUUAUACCGCUAGAUGAUAUCACGUGGCUGGUGAUACCUGAUGUACUGUUCACAUGGAAUGGGAAGUACACAAAUGCCUUUUUCAGCCCCACUUUUCUUUAACCAAAAGAAAUAAAGACGGUUUACUGCACAGCC